AUGUUUUUUUGUUUUUGGGGUAUUUCUUAUCUUUCUUUAACCAUCUUUCCGCUACGACGCGAAAGGGAAUCAAAAUAAAAAGGCACUUGUUUCAUCAAUUCUUUCCUCCCUUAAAACAAUUAGAGAUAUUUCUCUCUCUCUUUCUCUCUGUUUCUCCCCCAAAAAAACAAAAAACAAACCCUAUCUCUCUCUCUAUCUCUCUCAAUUGCAUUCGGAUUUUUGAUUCUCUGAAAGCAUUCAUCGGUUCCGUAGGGGUUCUCUUGAACGAAUUUUUCAUUUUUGUUUUGCAAUUUCUGGAUCAGACUUUUUUUUUUUUGUUGUGGUUGUUUUUUUUACCGAUCCGAUAAUUUGAUAUGGCCGAUUCUAGGAAACGAGAUUCCGGAGACGAUCAUCGUCAUCGUGAUGAUCAGCCAAAUGACGGCGAUGAUGAUUUUUCGUACGGUUCUCGAUCUAAUGGAUUUGAAGGAGAGGAUGAAUCGACGAGGAUCGAGAGCAGCAGUGUUUCAGAUCCGUCGACUGAAGAAACCGGAGGAGGAGGAGGAGGAGGAGACUUUUUGGUUGGGGAAGAUAGGGUUUUACGGUGGCUACAAGCUUUGGAUAUGCAAGUUAUGGGAGCUUGUCGAGGUGACGAGAGGUUGAAGCCGUUGUUGAAGCUUAACGUUUCUAAUGGGAUGGCUGAAGAUCGUUUGCUUGCUCAUCUUAGCCAGCACUUCGAGCCAGCUGAAAUUGGUAUGUUGGCUAGAUGUUUUUGCAUUCCUCUGGUUUCUGUUCGCGUUGGGAAGAUUAAGAAGGAAGGGACUCUAAUGCGCCCCACUACCAUAAGGGGUAACUUGAGCCUCAUGGUCUUGCCAACGUCCGACUUGCGACUUUCAUUUAUCGGAGACAAUGGUCAUUCAGAACAAAUAUUUACAUAUACCAGUAAAUCUCAGUGCCCUGCUGUAUCAAUUGAGGAGAUAAAUGCGGACAGCUCUGGUAGAUCUUUUGUUAUAAGGAUUGCAGAUGGCAACGCUUUCUACUAUUGGUGCUCAGAGAAGUCAAAACUUCUGGGAACUGAAUUGCGUAGGAAGAUGAAAGACUUGAUCAAAAAGAAGCCAUCGAUCUCGGAACUAACUGGAAUUGAAGAAUCACGUCUUGGAUCUGUUGCUUCUCAUCUCCGUUUGUAUCUUAUGGGUUCAGUAGUGCCCAACAUCAAAGGUUGUCCGGUCCCAACUCCUGAUUCAUCAUUGUCUUCUGGCUCUUCUGAAACAGCUGAUUCUUCCUCCUCGAGUGCAUCAUCGAAAUCUCUUAGAGCACGCCACAGUGGGACUCAACUGACAAAGGCCCAAGGAAGUCUCAGCCCUAGAUCAAGCUCCUUCAAAGAAAACACACAGAGAAAUUCUUCUCUACGAAUCUCCUCUAGAGAUAAAUCAAAACGACGCAGUGAAGGGCAUUUUUCAAUCUUCGAUAAUUUACCCAUUACUUCCAUCCCCACCAAUGUAGAGGGUUUCAUACAGUCAGAAGGAGAAGGUGAAGAAGCCGCGGAGGAUAGUAAUGGAAGCAGUCAGUUUAUUGCUUUCGAAGCAGCAGAGUUAACACCAAGUACAAUGACCGGACCACCACAAUUUCCUUUGAAGAUGGGUCCACCAGUCUUUUCACCUUAUUACUGCUGGUGCCCUCCAACCACCUCAUCGCUUCACGCACCAUUUGCCUCCUAUCAGUUCCCAUCACUAUCCAUCGAGCUACCUUCACUUCCGCCCCUUUCCUCGUUAUUACCAUCAUCUUUAUUACCAGCAUCAGGAUCAGAUGGGUUUUUGAUCCCAUCAUCACCGCUUGAUCUCUCGGACAUCCCUCCAUUACCUUUAGUCCACCACAUACCCAUUCCGGGCUCAUCAUCAUCAUCCCAGCAGAUAAUGAUUCCUAUGAUGUGUGACCCUAUUGUUCAUAUUCCGGUUAUCGAUAUCUGCUCUUCUGGUCAAGGCUAUCUGGUAAGUGCUGGACCCACCGGGAUGAUACCAACGGGCAUCUCACCGCUCCCAGUUGAGAAUGAUUCUCUGGUAGAGAAAGGCGCAAGAGAAACACUAAGAUUGCUCAUAAACGGAGCCAAUGCAACAACCUCAGCUCCUUUGAAUCACCAUGGAACCAGAGGUCUGUACAGUGGGAACAGGGACGUGAGUGGUGUGAGCUUAUUUGCACCUAUUGGACUGCAGCAACCGAGUUCAGGUGACGGAGGAGAUGGUGGUGGUGGUGAGAAUGUGAGCUCAGGCGAAGGAGUGCCUGCGCCUCCCAGAGAGACUUCUGGUUAGUUUAUUUUGGUUCUUUUGUAAGUGUGGUUCAGUUCAGUUCAGUGUAUAGAAAAGUGGGGCGGUCGUGAAAACUCAUCAUUCGCUUCCUUCUUGGUUUUUUUUUGUUCAGCUCAAGUCUUUUGUCUCACAAGAUGUAAUUAGUUGGUUUUUUUUUUGUAGCUUGCUUAUUGUUACCUUUGUUAUUUCCGAGUUUCAAAGGAAGCUAAGAAAUACGAUAAUAAUAAAAGUUAUUUGGCAAAUUUUA